AUGGCAGAUCCAUUAUAUGAACUUCUCAUUCCAUAUUUCGAUAAACUCUCUCCACGACCUGCACCACCGUCGGUGGAUCCCACAACUGCCACCUAUCUGGAUCGACUCUCUACCCUCCCCCUCUCCUCAUUAAGUACUUCCGAGCCUCAAUCGCUGUCUCAAAUAUCCCACUCUCUUCUCCUGUCUCUACAGGCACUAUCCAAACGUUCUCAUAAAUCCGUCAUCGCAUCUUCCGACCAUUUAUCGACGCUCACUACUACCCUUCCGACCCUAGCGAUAGCCACCGCAGACUUGCGAGAUGCUCUUCCCAAAUUGGAUGAUGCAGCUAUUUAUUUCAGCGAAAACUAUAACAAUAGAAUUGAAAAUGCUGUCCUCGAUCGACGGCGUAAAGCUCUUCUACUAUCGCGAAACGUAGACAGGCUCGCAGAUAUUCUCGACUUACCUACUCUACUUUCUACCGCGAUAUCUUCUUCGAACACCAGUACUACCAAUAAUACCGGCAGAGAAAAUAAUACCUUGAAUUAUGCCUCCGCGUUAGAUCUUAAUGCGCAUAUAAGACGACUGCACGCAUUAUACCCUGGGUCACCCCUCAUAACGAGUGUUUCCUCACAAGCGGAGAAUAAAAUGCAGUCUAUGGCCACAAAUCUCAUAUACUCCUUGCGGCAACCCUCUCUGAAACUUGCAGCUGCCAUGCGUACCAUUUCCUGGCUACGGCGUGUUGCUCCCGAGCUCGAUCCUUCUACUUCCACAUCUACAUCCAGCUCCGCACAAACCCGAGAAGGGACAUUAGGCUCAUUAUUCCUCGUUUGUCGCCUUGCUAGUCUUACAACUAUGCUCCAUGCGCUCAGUCCUUUGCGGGAUCUCGCUGAUCAGGAAUCACUACGGCUAAUAUCAUCAUCUGGGAAGACAGGAGGGAACAAAUUCGAAGCAGGGCAGCAAACGGAGAAGUAUCUAAAACGCUAUAUCGAGAUAUUCCGGGAACAGAGUUUCGCGAUUAUUUCCAUGUUCCGCUCUAUCUUCCCACCGUCAACAGCCCCGGUCACAAUAGAAGGGUUUAAAAGCAGUACGAAGGGAAAGGAAGAUAAUGAUUUACUGGGGCCAUUACCAAGUGCCCUGACUACCUUUCCUCUUCAAUUACUGGGUAUGUUGGAGGAGACCCUGAAAACAUACCUACCCAAUGUGAGAGAUAAGAGCGGUAGAGAUAGUUUGCUCACUCAAGUUCUUUACUGUGCCAGUAGUUUGGGACGGCUAGGAGGGGACUUCAGCCUCGUGCUUGCGGGUAUGGGAAGCAGGGCCGGCGAGGGAGAAGAAUUGGCCGAGGAGAAAUCCGACGAAGAUAAUGAGGAAUGGGCAGAAGUUAUUAAGAAGCAUAGAGUUUUGGCGGGCAAGCUGGAAUCUAUGGUGGGUUCUAGAGGGGAAUGA